AUGCCGACGAGUGUUUUUGAUUCUUUUAUCUUUCGUGGAAUUUUUGGGGAAACCAAAGUUAGUCAUAUAUGGUCGGACGAAUAUCGUACCCAGCAGUACUUGAAUUGGGAGUCAGCUCUAGCUAAAGCAGAAGCUUCAUUGGGUCUCAUACCACAAGAAGCUUCCAAAGAAAUUAGUCGCGUAUGCGAAGUGAAGAAUAUCGAUUUCCGAAGACUAGAAGAAGAAACGUUAACCAUUGGAUAUCCCGUUUUAGGCGUUGUACACCAAAUUGCAAAGCUUUGUCGAGAAGAUGCAGGAAAAUAUUGUCAUUGGGGUGCCACUACACAAGAUGUUACUGAUACCACUACGAUCAUACAAAUACUGGAAAGUUUUAAAGUCGUCCGGUACUAUCUAGAGCAAGCGAUUGAGUUUACAGAGAUUUUGGCUCGAAAAUAUAGGGAAACACCAAUGGUGGGGAGGAGUAAUUUACAGCAAGCGGUUCCUAUUACGUUUGGGUUUAAGAUGGCCCGUCUGCUUUGUACAUUUCGUCGGCAUAUUCAGCGUUUGGAUGAGUUACUUCCACGUCUUUCCGUUAUCGAAUUUGGAGGCGCUUGCGGUACCCUUGCUUCUCUAGGGAAGGAUGGUUUAAAGGUACAGGAACGACUCGCAAAAGAACUUGGCUUGUCUACACCUGAGAUAGCUUGGCAUACAGAACGGGAUCGGAUUACGGAAGCCGGAUGCUUUUUAGGUAUUGUCACAGGUACUCUUGGAAAGUUUGCCUUUGAUGUCAAGUUGAUGAUGCAGAACGAAAUCGGAGAAGUCAAUGAACCCUACGUUGCCAACCGAGGAUCAUCAUCCACUAUGCCCCAGAAAAGAAAUCCUAUUUCCUGCGUAUAUAUAACAUCUUGCGUUUCCUGUGUACGGCAAAAGGUAGCGGCUUUACUGGAAGCUAUGGUAGAAGAUCAUGAACGCGCAACUGGUACCUGGGAAAUUGAAUGGAUUGUAUUGCCGGAGAUAUUUACUCUGGCAGCAAAAGCAUUAGAGCAUACCGUGUUUGUACUUCAGGGCCUGGAAGUCAGUCCUGAAAGAAUGGAAAUGAAUUUGGGUUUGACGAAAGGGCUCAUUUCCUCUGAGGCGGUGAUGAUGAAGUUAGCAUCGUUUUUGGGACGCGACGAAGCUCAUGAAUUGGUUUAUUCACUAUGUAAAAUAUCCAAGGAGAAAGGUCAAUCUCUAGAAGAAGUAUUGUUGCGGGAAAAAACGGUUACUGAUCACCUAACUGAAAAACAAGUGUUGGACCUUGUCAAUCCAGCGAACUAUUUAGGUCAAACUUUGGAGAUGAUUGAUCGUGUUUUGGAUUAA